GGGGUGAGCACACAGAGGCCAGUCCUGGGCACACCCGGCUCCAGCUCAGCCACCACCAUGUCUCUGACCAAGGCUGAGAAGGCCAUCAUCCUGUCCAUGUGGGGCAAGAUCUCCACUCAGGCGGAUGCCAUUGGCACCCAGGCCCUGGAGAGACUCUUCGCCAGCUACCCCCAGACCAAGACCUACUUCCCGCACUUCGACCUGCGCCCGGGCUCCGCGCACCUGCGCACGCACGGCGCCAAGGUGGCGGCCGCCCUGGGCGAUGCGGUCAAGAGCAUCGACAACAUCGCGGGCGCCCUGUCCAAGCUGAGUGAGAUGCACGCCUACGUUCUGCGCGUGGACCCGGUCAACUUCAAGCUCCUGUCCCACUGUCUGCUGGUGACGGUGGCCUCGCACUUCCCCGCUGACUUCACGGCCGACGCCCAUACCGCCUGGGACAAGUUCCUGUCCAUCGUGUCCUGCGUCCUGACCGAGAAGUACCGCUGAGCGCCGCCGCCAGGCCGGGGCCGGCUGCGACCUCUCCGCGGCUCCAGGCUUCUCCAAACCCUCUAGCUUCCCCCCUGAGACGCCAAUAAACGAAUGCACGCCCA